CGAUCUUCUCUUGGGCUCCUCCUCCACCGCCCCGUAGGGGAAGCUGGCCUUCCCCUUGGGCCGUGUGGCAGCAGCCAGCUGCUCCGAUCCACCUCAGCUUGUUUUUACCCAAUGGAAGAACUUCGUAUUCCCGUUCCUGGGCUGGAGAAAACACCAGCAAUGGCUACCCCGAGUGCACCCUCGGAGAUUAUAGAGAGAGAACGGAAAAGGUUGCUGGAAAUCCUCCAGCAAGAUCUUGAUUCCGUCUUAGAUUCCCUGACCUCUCGGAGGCUGAUUUCUGAGGACGAGUAUGAGACGCUGGAGGACAUGAGAGAUCCCCUGAAGAAAAGUCGAAAGUUGUUGAUUUUGGUACAGAAAAAGGGAGAAGCCAGUUGUCAGCACUUUCUCCAAUGUUUACUUAGUACUUUUCCAGAGUCGGCGACGACAACGUGGGGCUUAAGCUGGCACGAAUGUUUAAAACAUGAGGACAUAGAACCUCUUCAAUCCAUGGGUACGAGCGAGACUUCAGAAGAGCCACUUUCCCCGGGAGAGAAACAGCCUGGGGAUUCUGAGCCCGCGGUGCCCUUCGCGGAGAAAGAGCGCCUGGGUUUGGAACCCUCCGAGACUGAGACGUUCGAGGACAAGAAAACCAGUUAUGGGGAGACGGCUGGGCCCUCAGGGGCGGGGGCGGAGGAGGGCCACACACCAGCGGCCCCACUGCCACGCUCAGUGGAGGAUGUCGAAUAUGAAGUUUCAGAAGCUGUUAACUAUUUACAGGAUGGACAGAGAUACGAUGAGAUCGACGAUUCUUUAUACUUAGGGGAGGAGGACUGUCUGGAGUCAGGGAUGUGCUCUGGAGAUGCAGCAAGCGCUGUGGAGGAAGAGGACCCCAGUGCCCCAGAGUACCUGGUCUACGAUGGCGAAGAGGACUCUGCGUAUUCCGACACCACAGAGCUCUCCGGUGAAGAACAGAGUCCUGGGGAGUCAGACACGGGCCUGCCGUUGGAGCAGGAGGAGGAGGAGGCGGAGGAGGAGGAGAGGAUGGAAGAAAGAAAAAAGGUGUUUAAAGACGUCCUGUCCUGUCUGAACCUGGACAGGAGCAGAAAGCUGUCGCCAGAUGCCGUGAGACAGUUCUCCUUGGAUCGAGGGUGUAAGUGGACCCCCGAGACCCCGGCAGACCUGGCCUGGAAUUUCCUGGUGAGAGUUCAAGCCCUGGAGGUGGCGGCUCCAGAGUCAAUCCUUAGACACGACGCUGUGAGUGAGGAGAGCAGAGGGGAAUGGCCAGCUGGCGUCGGGGGGGACACGGCCAUCAGAGACGUCGGCGCCCCCAACCCCCUGGACAUGCUCUGUGCCUCCCUGCUGUGCUCAGACGGCGCUUUGCAGCGCCAAGUCCUGGCGAGCAUGCGCCGAUGCCAGUUCGCGCUCCCCCUGCUGCUGCCGGAUGCGGAGAACAACAGAAGCAUCUUAAUGCUGGGAGCCAUGAGGGACGUGGCGAAGCAGCAGCCAGCGCGGGCUUUAGGGGGGCCUGCAGGGGACACGGAAGCGUUUCUGGCUCGCGUGAAGAUGCCCGUCAUCUCUUUUGUGCGUCUGGGAGACUGUAGCAUCUCCAAGUCCAGAAUCCUCAACGCGCUGCUCAGCCCUGCCCACCUGGAACCACGCCACGUCUUCCUCCACCGGGACGAGGCGGCGCCGGGGCCUCCCCGGCGGAUCUCCGACGGCCUGGUGGAGAUCGCGUGGUGUUUUCCUGACGGCGACAGGCCACAGGAGGACGCCCCCUUUCCCCAAGAGCCUGUUGCCUUGGCCAACCUUCGUGGAGAUGUCGAAAGGUUUUGGGUGCAAUUUGGCUUCUUGAUGGAAGUGUCCUCGGCCGUGUUUUUUUUCACCGACUGCCUAGGUGAAAAGGAAUGGGACCUGCUCCUGUUUUUAGGAGAAGCCGCCAUGGAGAGAUGCUAUUUCGUCCUCAGUCCCCAGGCCAGGGAAAGUGAAGAGGCCCAGAUUUUCCAGACGAUCCUGAAGUUGAGGCCAUCCCAGCUACUGUUCUGGGAGGAGGAGGCGGCUGGGGAGACAGGGGGGAACAUACAGAGACUCCACACUGCCCUCGGAGACGUGAUGUCCUCCUCCCUCCAACGCGUGUCCGUGGAGGACAUGGGCUCCCUGGCCAGAGAGCUGGGGAUCCAGGUGGACCAAGACUUGGAGGACGCUGACGGAGUUCCAGUCCCUCCUAGUGAAAGCUGCGCUGGAGCCGCCGAAGACGAGGGAACACAAGGACACAGGCAGCCGGAAAGCUCGUCAGAAAGCACAGCUGAGCUGCCAGCGAAAGGGUUCGGAGCUGCAGGGGAGGGCAGCCCGGCUCCUGCGAACAUCCACCUCGGCCCCGGGGUCAGGCCUCACCUGUGGAACUCCUGCUUCUUCCCCAUCAACCGUGUUCCUUUCAGAGCCCCGUGGGUUAUGGGCUCCCACUUUGGGGCAGGACAGAAGUCUAAGUGGUUCCAUCCUUCACCUUUUCAGAGUUCAUGGGCCCAUGGUCAAGGUAGAAGUUUUGGGGUCCAGCACUUCCAACCCCCGAGAUUUUGUCCCGGUGGAAGGUUUAUGAGAUUUUCGAGAUUCCCUCGUAAACAUCACGUGCAUGGACUAUUUGGGAGACCGCUAAGACCUGUUAGUCCGCAUGUACAGGCCUGGCCUCGAAGACCACAGACCUUGGGAGCUUGUGAAAGGCCUGCUGUAAUGGCCCCCUGGAUACGUCACCCCCAUCCCCUGGGCGCACGGCCAACAGGACCAUUUGGGAAGCCGCAGCCUAGGCAAGCCCACCCCCAGGCAGCACAGCCGACUGAGGCCACUGGAAAACCUAUGAGAACAACAUCUCAUACCGUGAAUGCUCACUCUCAAGCCUGUCGACCUGCAGGAGUCAUACAAAGACCCAUAAGACCCGCCUUUCAGCAAGGAUUCAAGCCAAAGACCCAAGGGGGGCCUUUAAAUCCAGCUGUCCAAAAGGGAUCCCAUCCCAUGUCCAACAACACAUUUUUACCCAACUCUCUGUUUGGUCAGCCCAAGCCAUCCCAGUACCAGCACCCCCAGCCCAAACCCUCCCAACCCACGUCCUCCCAACCCAAACCCACUCACACAAAACCCACUCAGCCCCAGCCCUCCCAGGCCAAAUCCUCGCCAUCCAAACCCACACAGCCCCAGCCCUCCCAGGCCAAAUCCUCGCCAUCCAAACCCACGCAGCCCCAGCCACGCAAGCCCCAGGCCUCCCAGUCUAGGCCUCAGCCCAGAUCUACUCAACCCAAGUCAUCGCAAGCCAGCCACUCACAGGCUAAGACAUCCUACUCAAGAGCCGGGCCCAAGAGGGGUGGGAAGCCCUGAGGUGCUCACUCCAGAGACCUGUGAGACUCUCUCCCCCUGGGCCAUUCCGAUCCCACAGCAGCAACUCGAGGAAGAGUGGCAGCGACCUUAAGAGACUGCUGUCGUCAGCGUGACACCGAAAACAGACGUGCACAGCCUACCUGGACAUCCCUGAACUAUCUGGAAGAACUGUGUCCCUAACAAAGAGGGAAAAAUAUGAAAAGAAUGAGGACUAGAACCAAGCAGUAAAUAAUACAUUAAUUGAAUCCAACCUUGAGUAUUAGGUAAUAGGUAGCCUGCAUCCAGGGCUGUGAGGCAGCCCCAUGUGGGUGGGGAAAAAUGGGGUUGGAAUCUUGAACUGCAAAGUGAUCAUUCACUAGGACUCAGGUUGUCUCACUGUUGCCAGUCAAAUUGCCUUAAUUGUUGGUUGCUCCAGAGGUGUCCCGGUCAAACUUUUUCAUGUAACGUUGGCUGCUAAGCAGAUAACCCUGUUCGUCUGGGAUAAUCAGUUUGCUUCUAAUUACAGCCCCAAUUUUCUUGGAUAAUAAAACUCUCUCACUUGAUCCUUACAUAUAGAAAUAAUGAACUAUCAACCAAUAAAAUGAAUUAUUUUUUAUCAACUUUA